ACAGAAGAGAGGAAGCGAUAGACUUUGCAUCUGUCAAGCUGACCCGCAGAGGUGUGUGUAGCGCUGUCUGAUAAUGAGCAGCCCUUGUCUGUGUCACACCAUGCCUGUGAGUCAGAGCCAGUUGCCAGAGGUGAAGCUCAGCCUGAAGACCAGCAGAGAGGUCAGUUCAAUCCGCUCCAGUGCCUACUCCUCAGGAAAAGAACUCCCCAUCCGCAUCAGCACUCAAGCCACCAGAAGCAGGAGCACACCGCCUGUGUCCAGAUUUCAAUGUAGCGAGAACAAAGCAGCACCCAAGACUAACGGACACACCAAGCAUGAACCCAAGAAUUUGCCAGAGAGGAACAGCACUUUACGGGGCAUUCCACCAACCCAAGCCCCCUUAACGGUCUCUGCCUCCUCCUCCUCGUCUUCCUCUUCCUCAUCCUCCUAUACUUCGAGACUAUCCCGACCCUCGCCCCCGCAAAAACCUUCUUCAUCCUCAUCAUCCUCUUCGCAGAGUAUGAAACGCACCCGCUGGCUAAGCCACAGCACCUCCAACAUCUACUUCAACUCCAUCUUAGACGGGAGGUUCAGACUUCUUCAAGAUGAGCGAGAAGCUGUGCAAAAGAAGACCUUCACAAAAUGGGUAAACUCCAUCCUGGCUCGAGUCAGCUGCCGGAUCUCAGACCUCUAUCUAGACCUGAGGGAUGGGAGGAUGCUCAUCAAGCUACUUGAGGUUCUGUCAGGUGAAAGGCUGCCCAGGCCCACUAAAGGUCGAAUGAGGAUUCACUGUCUGGAGAAUGUAGACAAGGCCCUGCAGUUUCUAAGGGAGCAGAGGGUUCAUUUGGAGAACAUGGGGUCACAUGAUAUUGUAGAUGGGAACCAUCGACUUAUCUUGGGGCUCAUUUGGACAAUCAUUCUUCGCUUCCAGAUUCAAGACAUUGUAGUAGAAUCAGACCUGACGGGUAAGCAGGAGACACGCUCUGCUAAAGAUGCCUUGUUGCUUUGGUGUCAAAUGAAGACAGCUGGAUACCCGAAUGUAAAUAUCACCAACUUCACCACAAGCUGGAAGGAUGGCUUAGCUUUUAAUGCCCUCAUACACAAACACAGGCCAGAUCUGGUUGACUAUGGCAACCUGCAGAGAUCCAAUCCAACUCACAAUCUUCAACAAGCUUUCAAUGUGGCUGAGAGAAAUCUUGGAGUCACCAAGCUCUUGGACCCAGAAGAUGUGUUUACUGAGAACCCAGAUGAGAAGUCCAUCAUCACUUAUGUUGUUGCUUUCUACCAUUACUUCUCCAAGAUGAAAGCUCUGGCAGUUGAAGGCAAGCGAGUUGGGAAGGUGCUGGACCAAGCCAUUGAAACAGAAGAGAUGAUUAAGAUGUAUGAGACACUUUCCUCAGACCUGCUAACAUGGAUUGAACAGACCAUCAUUAUCCUCAACAACCGCAAACUCGCAAACUCUUUGAAUGGAGUCCAGCAACAAUUACAAGCCUUCAACUCGUACCGUACUGUGGAGAAGCCUCAAAAAUUCCAGGAUAAGGGAAACCUGGAAGUACAGCUCUUCACAAUCCAGAGCAGGAUGAGGGCCAACAAUCAGAAGGUUUACACCCCUAAAGAAGGCGCAUUGGUGGCAGACAUCAACAGGGCAUGGGAGCGAUUGGAGCGCGCUGAAUAUGAGCGAGAGCGGGUGCUUAGAGAUGAGCUCAUCAGGCAGGAAAAUCUUGAACAAAUGGCCCGUCGUUUUGACAGAAAGGCUGCCAUGAGAGAAACCUGGCUGCUGGAGAACCAGAAACUGGUAGCACAGGACAAUUUUGGAUAUGAUCUACCAGCAGUAGAGGCAGCGAAGAAAAAGCACGAUGCCAUUGAGACAGACAUUGCUGCAUAUGAGGAGCGUGUACAAGCCCUGGUGGCCUUGUCUAAAGAGCUUGAGGCAGAGAGGUACCAUGAUGCUAAACGGAUUGAUGCAAGGAAGGACAAUAUCCUGAGGCUUUGGGACUACCUCCAGGAGCUUCUGAGCGCUCGCAGGGGCCGCCUGGAGAAGAAUCUCACCUUGCAAAGAAUCUUCCAGGAAAUGCUUUACAUCAUUAACUGGAUAGAUGAGAUGAAGAAUCGUCUCCAGUCACCUGAUUUUGGGAAGCACUUGUUGGAGGUGGAGGACCUUCUGCAGAAGCAUGCUUUAAUCGAGGCAGAUAUUGCUGUGCAAGCAGAGAGAGUGAGCUCUGCUAAUGCAGCUGCUCUCAAAUUUGCAAAUGGAGACAGCUACAAACCAUGUGACCCCCAAGUGAUUCGAGAUAGGGUACAGCACUUAGACCUAUGUUAUCAGGAGCUGUGUGCACUUGCAGCACAACGCAAGGCACGUUUGGAACAGUCUCGCCGUCUAUGGCACUUCUUCUGGGAAACAGCUGAACUGGAGAGCUGGAUCCGUGAGAAGGAACACAUAUUUUCCUCUCUCGACUAUGGCAAGGACCUGACCAGUGUGCUGGUGCUUCAGAGUAAACACCGUGCUUUUGAAGAUGAGCUGGGUGCUUGGCGUGAUCACCUGAAGGAGCUGAUGGGUGAAAGUGAGAAGAUGAUAAAAGCCAAGCAUUUUGGUACCCCUAAGGUGCAGCAGCGCAUGCAGGAAGUACAGAGGCAAUGGCAGCAACUUGAGGAGCUGGCUGCAUUCCGCAAACAGAACCUCCAGGACACGCAACAUUUCUUCCAGUUCCAGGGUGACGCUGAUGACCUUAAGGCCUGGUUGUUGGAUGCCAUCCGGCUUAUGAGCUCUGAAGAUAUUGGGCAUGAGGAGUACACCACACAGAGGUUGCUCAAGAGGCAUCAUGCCCUAAGUGAUGAGGCAGUUAAGAAUGGAGCCACCAUUGAUGCUUUGAGCAAACAGGCCAAUUCACUGCCCGAGGAGCUAAAGAACACCCCUGACAUCCAGCGGCGUUUGCAGGACAUUAGGGAUCUGUACAUGGAGCUCUUGUCUCUCUCAGACCUGCGACAGAAGAAGCUAGAGGACACUAUGGCACUGUACACCAUUUUCAGUGAGACAGAUGCCUGUGAGCUCUGGAUGGGUCAGAAAGAGACAUGGCUGAUCGGGUUAGAAACACCAGAGACGUUGGAGGAUCUGGAGGUCGUUCAGAAUAGGUUAAGCAUCCUUGCCCAAGAAAUGGGCAACAUGCAGAUAUUGGUGGACAACAUCAACAGAGCAGCCAAGCAGCUAGAGGACAGCAGGCACCCACGAUACAAAGAGGUGAAAGAUUGUCAGACUCGUCUCAAUAAGAGGUGGGAUGCAUUUAAGGAUAUGGUAGAAUCUAAGAAGCAUAAGGUGGAUUCAGCACUCAGUCUUCACAAUUAUGGGCUUGAGUGUGAUGAAACCGGGGCAUGGAUCAAAGACAAGACACGAGUCAUUGAGUCUACACAGGACCUUGGAAAUGACCUGGCUGCUGUCAUGACUAUCCAAAGGAAACUUUAUGGCAUGGAAAGAGACCUGGCUGCUAUUCAGGAUAAGCUGGACUUCCUGCGUGGUGAGGCUCAACAACUUGUCAAGGACCAUCCUGAGAAUGCCGCUGACAUCUUGGCCCAACAAGCAGAGUUAAACAAAGCUUGGGAGACAUUGAAACAAACGCUAAAGGAUAGAGAGGAUUCUCUCGGUGAAGUAAGCAAGUUGCAAAACUUUCUGCAGAACCUGGAUGACUUUCAGUCUUGGCUUUUCAAGACACAGAAGGCCAUUGCAUCUGAGGAGAUGCCUACAAGCCUGCCAGAGGCAGAGAAGCUCCUAAGUCUUCACGAUGCACUAAAAGAUGAUAUGGAUAGCCAUGAGGAGGACUAUCACAGCAUUAGAGACACUGGAGCAGCCGUCACCCGUGACCAAGAGGAGGAUGCCCAAUACCAAGAGCUGGAUCAGAGGCUGAAGGGUGUAGAUAAGGGUUGGGAUGAGCUGCAAAAAAUGUGGGAAAGCCGAAAGAACUAUUUGGACCAAGGCUUGGGUUUCCAACAGUUCUCAAGAGAUGCAAAGCAAGCUGAAACCAUCUUGAACAACCAGGAGUAUGUUCUGGCUCACCUGGAACAGCCUGACACACUCGAUGGGGCAGAGAAGGCUUUGAAGAAGCAUGAGGACUUUGUCACCACUAUGGAUGCUAAUGAGGACAAAAUAAUACAUACACUAGAUGGAGGUCAAAGGCUGAUAGACAGUGGAAACCUUUACUCACCGAAAGUAAAGGACAAAAUAAACUCUAUCCAAGACAGAUAUGAGAAGAACCAAGACAAAGCCAAAGAGGUAUCUAAGAAACUCAGAGACAACAAAGACCUGCAACACUUUCUUCAGAACACUCAGGAUCUUACUCUGUGGAUAAAUGAGAAGAUGCUGACUGCUCAGGACACCUCAUACGAUGAGGCUCGCAACCUUCACAGCAAAUGGCAAAAGCACCAGGCCUUCAUGGCAGAACUGGCUUCAAAUAAGGAUUGGCUCAACAAAAUUGAUCAGGAAGGUAAAGAGUUGAUGGCCUCCAAACCAGAGUUUGAACCCAUUGUGAAGGAACGUCUGACGAAACUUCAUGAGCUGUGGAACAAGCUGGAACAUACCACACAGGAAAAGGCCCGACUUCUGUUUGAUGCACAUCGCUCAGAGCUGUUUGAAGAGAGCUUGGCUGAUUUGAAGAAGUGGUUGGCUAAUCUGCAGCAGCAGCUCCAGGGUGAUGUUAAUGAGGAGGUUAAAGAUCUUACUAGUGCCAAUAUCCUUCUCAAGAAGCAUCAGAUGACUGAGAAUCAGGUGCGAGACCGAGGUCGGGAGCUGCAAGAGCUGCAGGAAGCUGUGCAGCAGCAUACUCCACUGACUGAAGAGCAACCAGAGCUGGAAGCUGAGCAGCAGAUCGUCCAGAGAGACUUUCAGCAACUCCUUACACCUCUGGCUCAACGCAAGGGACAGCUCGAGGCAGCUAAAGCUGUGUACCAGUUCUACAGAGAUGUGGCAGAUGAGAUACUCUGGCUUGAAGAGAGGUUGCCUAUGGCCAUGUCACAGGAUCAUGGGAACAAUCUACAGACAGUCCAGCUUCUCCUGAAAAAGAAUCAGACCCUCCAGAAGGAGAUUGAAGGUCACCAGCCACGUAUGGAUGAGGUGUUGCAGCGGGGUCGACGUAUGAUGGCGGCUGCAGAAGGUAGCCCAGAGGCAGAGCAUAUGUCUGAGGAAAUGAAGAGGUUGGAGGAGGUCUGGGCACGGCUGCAAGAUGAAAUGGCAAAACGGCGAGCUCGACUCAAUGCCUCUAAUGAUGCCCAGCAAUACUACAAUGAUGCAGAUGAAGCAGAAGCAUGGAUUGGUGAACAGGAACUCUACAUGAUUGCUGAUGAUAAAGCAAAGGAUGAGCAGAGCGCUGUGAUUUUGCUAAAGCGGCACUUGGUUCUGAAGCAGGUUGUUGAUGACUAUGCGGAUUCUAUCCAGAAGCUCGCUGACCAUGCUCAGAAGAUGUUUGCUGAAGAGCAUCCUGAAGGGGAGGCCAUCAUCCGGAGGCAGGGUCAGGUGGACAAACAGUAUGCAGGACUGAAGGAGCUGGCUGAGGACCGCAGGAAGAACCUUGAUCACACUUACCAUCACUUCCUCAUGAGCCGGGAGGUGGAAGAUCUGGAGCAGUGGAUUGCUGAGCGUGAUGUGGUGGCUUCUUCACAGGAAAUGGGACAGGACCUGGACCAUGUUACGAUGCUGAGGGAUAAGUUCAGGGAGUUUGCCAGGGAGACGGGGACAGUGGGACAGGAGCGGGUGGAUGCUGUCAAUCACAUCAUUGAUGAGCUGAUCGAGGCUGGUCAUAGUGAAUCAUCUACUCUGGCUGAAUGGAAGGACGGCAUUAACGAGAGUUGGGCAGAUCUCUUGGAGCUCAUUGACACCCGCACACAGCUCCUCACGUCUUUUUAUGAUCUGUUUAAGUACUUUUAUGAUGGCAAGGAGUUGGUAGUCCAGAUCGAGGAGAAACAAAAUGAGCUUCCAGAAGAUGUGGGAGAGGAUUUCAGCAAGGCAGAGUCUUUCCAUCGCAUGCAUGCUGCAUUUGAGAGAGAUAUCAGCUCCCUUGGAAAGCAGGUACAGCAGUUCCAGGACACUGCAGCGCGUCUGCAUGCCCAGUAUGCUGGAGUCCAGGCAGAUGCCAUCAAGGCAACAGAGAAAGAGGUGGUAGAUGCAUGGAAGGGUCUUCUGGCUGCCUGCGCAGGUAGACGGAAAGAGCUGGAGGAGACAGCAAACAAGUUCCGUUUUUUCACCAUGGUUAGGGAUCUAAUGGCCUGGAUGGAAAGCAUCAUCCAGCAAAUAGAAACUCAGGAGAAACCCAGAGAUGUGUCAUCAGUGGAGUUGCUAAUGAAGUAUCACCAAGGGAUCCGUGCAGAGAUUGAGACUCGUGGACCAAAGUUUAAUGAUUGUGUGGCAUUAGGGCGGACUCUACUAGCACAGAAGCACAGGGAUGCAAAUGAGAUCAAAGAGAAGUUGAUGCAGCUACUUGAGAAGAGAGAGGAAAUGAUGCUUAAAUGGGAUGACAGAUGGGACUGGCUUAGACUGUUGUUAGAGGUGUGCCAGUUUGCCCGAGAUGCAUCUGUAGCAGAAGCCUGGCUGGUAGCUCAGGAGCCGUAUGUGGCCAGUAAGGACUUGGGUGAGUCUGUGGAUGAGGUAGAGAAGUUGCUCAAGAGGCACGAUGCCUUUGAGAAAUCCACUGCCACCUGGGAGGAACGAUUCUCUGCACUGGAGCGCCUUACAACGCUUGAACUGAUUCAAAUCAGAAAGCAGCAGCUGGAAAUUCAGCAAUACAGAGAGGAAGAGGAAAAGGACAGCAGGAGGGAUGACACAGGCUAUGUCGAAGAGUCCUCACGUUUGGACACAAUUGAGGAGCAGUCUCUUUCUGGCAUGGCAGCAGUAGAUCCAAGCUCAGGACAUGGAGAUAGCACUGCAGGGGACUCAGUGGUGCCCAUGAUUUCAGAUAUUCAGGAGAGUGUGGAACUGGAACCCUCAACGUCCACCCAGGCUACCAAAGAGGCAGAGCGUGCUGCCACUCUUCCCAUUAUGCCUACACAAUCCCAGCCACCCCUGCUGCAGGGAACCCUCACACGUAAACAUGAGAUGGAGGGACCUAAUAAAAAAGCAGCCAAUAGGUCGUGGAACAGCAUCUAUUUUGUUUUAAAGCCUGGCCAACUUUCAGCCUACAAGGAUGCAAAGAGUUUUGCCCAUGGUGUUACAUACCAUGGAGAAGACCCGCUGUCACUCCACGAUGCUGUUUGCGAGAUUCUGACCAAUUACAAGAAAAGGAAGCAGGUGUUUAAACUGCGGCUUGGAGAUGGAAGUGAAUACCUAUUCCAGUGUAGAGAUGAGGAAGAACUGAAGAUCUGGACUAAGGCCAUAGAGAAGGCAGCAGAGAAUGUGGCAGAGGAGCAAGUAGAAGGGCCUUCAGAACCUCAAGCCCAGAGCUUGCCCCUUCCUUCAUCCUCAACUGCCUCAGACGUUCCCUCUGCCAAGAAGGAAAAGGAGAAGAGGUUUACUUUAUUCACCAAAAAGAAGUGAGAGGGACCCUUAUAGGUCAGGACCUCAGCGAAAGCACGCAAAAACCACAGAGGACAGACAGUGGGUUGGUGAAGAAAUGAACUGAUUUAUAUUAACAUGCUACAUGCAUUAAAAAAAACAACAACAACAACAAACAUUAUGUUAAUUUCUAUGAUUACAAAUUACACUUGUGCCUGUAUGUAUGCCAGUGAACUGUUGCAAUGGUCCACUUGUUUACUUUUUUAACUUUACUUUUUUUCCGUAAAACAUACCAGAUUCACAUUCAGACAAAAGCACAGGAAUGCUGUUUUCACACUCAACCAAAGAUUGUUUGUUUGUUUGUUUGUUUUUGCAUUACUUGAUCUUCUGUUGGGCAUGCUUUCUUAAUAUUAUAUAGUAGAUUUAUAAUCACAUAUUAAGCAUUUUGUCAGUUUGCCAUACUUCUCAAAAUGGUUGUAAAAUGUGAUACUGUGCUCUUUGUGUUGGAACUUGUACAAUGUACAAUUUACAAUUGGACGUUACAGAGUUUGUUGUAAAUGCCAAUUAGCCAUAGGUUUACUCAGGAGGUUUAGUUUAUACACUGUACACUACUGUAUAUAAUUAAUACAAGUGCAGUAUGCACAGUGGUCAGCAACCUUUUUUAUUGUUCAAGUUUAGCUUUUCCCCCCAUGGAAUUAGGAUUAACUUUCUGCAAAAUAACUAGAAGGUACCUUGCUAGACAAAACAAGAUGGCAAUGUACUAAGAAUUGUCCAAAACCUAUAAUAUGUGUAAUGUUAUUUUUUCUAAUGCAUGAAUGGAUGUGUUUAUUUUAUAUGGUGCUAUGUUAUUACACACAGCGGCCACAGCGGUCACUGGCUCUUUCCUGACUAAUCUAAAUUUAUAGCAGCUAUCAAAAGCAUGCAUCAUGUCUAUUGUUUUAAUCAUAUCAGAUGAAUACCAUGUUUUGUAAAGAGUAUAAUGUUGGGUCAGUGAUGUUCAAUGCAAUCAUUCAAUUUCAGAAUGUAUAUGGAAAGAAUGUGUAACACCAAUUUGAAUGUAACAUACAGUAGGAGGAAAUGAAGCCAUGGAAGAGGAAAAGAAGACAGUAAAGACUGGUAUUUAGUGGAUUUAUCAGGGAAAAGAUAUAAAGUUAUAUGUUUAUGCAUAAAUAAUACAUAAUCAAAUCUGAA